AACACGUUCGAUAGCGAGGCAUCUCCUACAAUGGCGUCAUACGCCAUGCACCUAUCCCUCCUUUUCCUCCUCCUCCUAGCCACCACAGUCAGUAUCCCGCGCGCCUCCUCUGCUCGAGCCGUCCCCUCCCAGGCGGACGGCGGCGCCACCGGCGGCAAGGCCGUGUACACCAAGGUCUGCGACGCGUCCCGGUUCAUGGCGGCCGGGCUGGACAUGUCCAAGUACCGCUACUGCAACGCGUCGCUUCCGUACGGCUACCGUGUGCGCGACCUCAUCGGCUGGAUGACGGUGGAGGAGAAGGUGUCCAACCUCGGCGACUGGGCUGACGGAGCGCCCCGCGUCGGCCUCCCCCCGUACAUGUGGUGGUCGGAGGCGCUACACGGGCUCUCCAGCACCGGCCCCACCACCAAGUUCGACGACCCCAAGAAACCCCGCCUCCACUCCGGCCGCGCCGCCGUUUUCAACGGCACUGUCUUCGCUAACGUCAUCAACAGCGCCGCCUCCUUCAACGAGUCCCUCUGGAAGUCCAUCGGCCAGGCCAUCUCGACGGAGGCUCGAGCCAUGUACAACCUGGGGAAGGGAGGGCUGACGUACUGGAGCCCCAACAUCAACGUGGUGCGCGACCCGAGGUGGGGCCGCGCGCUGGAGACGCCCGGCGAGGACCCCUACGUCGUCGGCCGCUACGCCGUCAACUUCGUGCGCGGCAUGCAGGACAUCCCGGGCCACGAGGUGGCGUCCGACCCCAUGUCACGGCCGCUCAAGACCUCCGCGUGCUGCAAGCACUACGCCGCCUACGACGUGGACGACUGGUACGGCCACACGCGGUUCAAGUUCGACGCCCGCGUCGAGGAGCGCGACAUGGUCGAGACCUUCCAGCGCCCGUUCGAGAUGUGCGUCCGCCACGGCGACGUCAGCAGCGUCAUGUGCUCCUAUAACCGCGUCAACGGCAUCCCGGCCUGCGCCGACGCGCGCCUCCUCUCCGGCACCAUCCGCCGGGACUGGGGCCUCCACGGCUACAUCGUCUCCGACUGCGACGCCGUGCGCGUCAUGACCGACAACGCCACAUGGCUGGGCUACACUGCGGUCGAGUCCACCGCCGCCGCGCUCAAGGCCGGGCUGGACCUCGACUGCGGCGAGAGCUGGAUCGUGCAGGACGGCAAGCCCGUCAUGGACUUCCUCACCACCUACGGCCUAGAGGCCGUCCAAAAGGGCAAGGCACGCGAGUCCGACAUCGACAACGCGCUCACAAACCUCUACAUGACGCUCAUGAGGCUCGGCUACUUCGACGGCAUGCCCAGGUACGAGUCCCUCAACGAGAAGGACAUCUGCAGCGACGACCACAAGAGCCUCACCCUGGAUGGAGCCAGACAGGGCAUGGUGCUCCUCAAGAACCACGCCAGUCUGCUCCCCCUUGAUCCCAACAAGUUGGGCGCCGUCGCCGUCCGCGGCCCACAUGCCGAAGCGCCUGAAAAGGUCAUGGACGGAGACUACACAGGGCCACCUUGCCGGUACGUGACGCCGCGACAAGGCAUAAGCAAGGACGUAAAUAUCUCGCAUCAUGCAAACUUGACCAUCUACUUUGGUGGCAUAAACCUGCACAUCGAGAGGGAGGGCAACGACAGAGAGGAUCUCCUCCUGCCCAAGAACCAGACGGAGGAGAUCCUACAUAUCGCCGCGGCAUCGCCUAACCCGAUUGUCCUCGUCAUCCUGUCCGGUGGUGGCAUCGACAUCUCCUUUGCGCAGGGCAACCCCAAGAUCGGCGCCAUCCUCUGGGCAGGGUACCCUGGCGGGGAAGGUGGCAACGCCAUUGCCGAUGUCAUCUUCGGAAGAUACAGUCCAGGAGGACGGCUGCCAUUGACAUGGUUCAAGAACAAGUACAUCCACCAAAUUCCUAUGACGUCCAUGGAGCUACGGCCGCGGCCAGACCACGGAUACCCGGGGAGGACGUACAAGUUUUAUGACGGGCCGGAGGUGCUUUAUCGGUUCGGCCACGGCCUGAGCUACACCAAGUUCCGAUACGAGAGCAGCGCUGGCAACGGAACCGCAGUCACACUCGCCGCCGCCGGUGGGCACUGUAAGCGGCUCAGCUACAAGGCCGGCGCAGUGGACGCUGCCCCUUCCUGCCCGGCCAUCGAUGCCGCGACCCAUGCCUGCAAAGAGACCGUGGACUUCAACGUCAGCGUCGUCAAUGCCGGUGACGUGGACGGCAGCCACGUCGUGCUGGUGUACACUGUGCCGCCGCCCGAGGUGGCCGGGGCGCCCAUCAAGCAGGUGGUGGCGUUCCAGAGGGUGUUUGUGAAGGCGGGCGGCGCAGCGACCGUGGGGUUCACGCUCAAGGUGUGCGAGGCGUUUGGCAUCGUGGAGAAGACGGCGUACACCGUCGUGCCGUCAGGGACCAGCACCGUCCUCCUCGAGAACGGUGACACAUCGUCGCCCUCAUCGGUGUCUUUCCCCGUCAAGAUCAACUUCUCUACUUAGAUUAGUUUUCCUCGGUUCUUAUGCGACGUUUUAGGAUGUUUUUUAUUCUUUUAUUUUCCUACUAUAGGAGUUUAUCAGUAAUUAAUAUUCAGCAUCCUGCUGAACAGUUUGUAUCAUCGGUGUCCUGCUCCCGUAGUUUUUUCAGUUAUGAGAGGGUUUGAUCAAA